UGAGGAGCCGUGAAAACAUUGUUGUGUUCAUCUGUGUCGAGCGAAUUCUAACGGUACCGAUCGAUUUCAGUCAAUAAACGAACAAUGAGCGAUCAUCCGGCGACUAGCAGAUGAGCCAAAUCUGAUCGUCGCUGAGAGAAAGAGGCGAAAUUUCAGCUAUUUUGUCAGGAUGGCUAACUGCGGCGAGGUUAAUCUUUCCAUGGACUCCCUGACCACUGGCAAGAAGGUGAGUGGGGAGUCUGUGACGGAGGGAAGUCCAUCCUCUUCGUCUCCUUCGCUGCCCAUUCCAGAGUGUGCAAUCUGCCUGCAAUCCUGCGUCCACCCUGUACGCCUGCCAUGUGGCCAUAUUUUCUGCUUUCUAUGCAUGAAAGGAGCUUCCUGGCACAGCAAACGCUGCGCCCUCUGUAGAGGGGAGGUCCCCGAGGACUUCCUGGAGCGUCCCACUUUGCUCUCGCCCGAAGAGCUGAAGGCUUCGGCAACAGGCGGACGCGGUACAGGGACUGGUGGCCACGCAUGGUACUACGAGGGGCGUAACGGAUGGUGGCAGUACGACGAGCGGACUAGCCGAGAGCUAGAGGACGCCUUCAACAAGGGCAAGAAGAGCGCCGAGAUGCUGAUCGCUGGCUUCCUGUAUGUGGCUGACUUGGAGAACAUGGUGCAGUACAGGAGGAACGAACACGGCCGCAGGCGUAGGAUGAAGAGGGAUGUGGUGGGCAUCCCUAAGAAAGGUGUGGCGGGAUUAAGACUCGAUCCAGAUCCCAAUCCCAGUCCUGCAGCGGGAACAGCUCCUGCAGCGCCCGCCGUUGCUGAUUUAAACGCAAGCAUUGAUGGCGCCACAGCUGAGCGAGAGAGUUCAGCAGACGGAGCGGACACUGGAGUCAGCGGAGGACGUCCUCAAGGCAUCUUUGCUUCUGCUCCCGUAAGGCCGCCAACUGUCUUGGGCGGUCACCUGACCAGCCCUGCUUCCUCCAGUGAUAUUCAGCUUGUACAGGCUCUCUCCCAUCUCAAUAUGAACGCCGCUGAGCAAGAACCAGAAGACGAAGACGCAGACGAUUCGGCCGCUCCGGACCAAUCGAGGUACGAAUCUGAGUCUGGCACGAGUGAGGAUGAAGAUGAACAGGCAGAGGACGAAGGUGAAGAUGAGCUCACAGAAGGCUCCCAGGGAAGGCAUAGACUGCAUCAGUUGGACAGACCACCCCCUGGUGGUGGCCCUGCGCAUAGCAGCGAUCGCUCGGGGUGCCCCGACGGUCAGUGCACUGUUACAAAGGUCUGACUGCAGCACAUCUACAGAACUUCUACCCAACUCCCACAACCGCUGGGUAUUUCUAACCAAUCUCUGGAAUGCAAAAAAUGAAACAAGUAAACCAUCCAAAUCACUGAAAUACGGUCUUGAAUAAGGUUAGAGGCUGGGGACUGAUGGUUUUAGUGUAAGAAUAGUGCUUGUCUCUUUCAGUCUGUACCAGGGCUGUAUUUUUUAAUGGAUAUUAAAGGCAAAACUACAAUAAACAUUCGUUUAUGAU